AUGGCGCCAGCACUUGGAAAGCGAAAGCGCGUCACACGCGCCGAACUCGAGCAAGAAUCGCGGUCACCAUCGCCUUCGUCAGGCUCGGGCGACGACUCUGGUGCAGAGGAUCUCCAAGCAGUAUUUCGCCGCGCGUUCGAAGCAAAGUUUAAGCCUCUGCCGACAGAGCCCAAGAAACCCAAGAUUGAAGAUAUCCCUGUACAGGAGGAUGAGGAAGAAGAAGACGAGGAAGAGUCCGACUGGUCAGGCAUCAGCGACCACGAAAAUGACGUCGAAGUAGUCGAAUACCAUGACCCCCAUCGCGAACUCGACGAUACCGAGCGCGCAGAAAUGAAAGCUUUCAUGUCCUCCAAACCACCUACCUCAGCCUCGAAAUCUACUAGUACCUCAUCAUCCCAAAAGAGGAACAAAAAAAUCGAAGACGCCGACACAACCGAAGCCUCAAAUCUCAAAAACGAUCUCGCGCUCCAGAAACUCCUCCGGGAAUCCCAUCUCCUCUCCGCCUCUUCCUCAGGAACCUCAACCCCCAACACACUAACCGCCACGGGUGUCGAUCGCCACAAAUCAAUGGACCUACACCUUCAAUCCCUCGGCGCAAAGGGCUCCAUCUUCACUCAGAAAAAGAUGCCCAUGGCCCAGCGCAAACACAUGGAACUAAAGGCACGCACAACGGAGGCGAAACGCAGAGCGGAGGCUAGGGAAGCGGGUAUUGUGCUGGAGAAGGAAAACAAAGCGUCGACAGGCAAGAAAGUGGAGAGGAAGAGGGAGAGAGGUGUUGGUGGACCAAGUAUAGGCAAGUUUAGAGGGGGAACGCUGAGUUUGAGUAAGAAGGAUGUUAGGAGUAUUACUGGGGGUGGAGGGGCUAAAGGGAAGGGCAAGGGGAAGAAGGGGAAAAGGUGA